ACCCCGGAACUAGGAGGACGGCCCUGCCGGUGGAGAAACAUGUCGAGUUUCUCCAGGGCACCGCAGGUGAGCUCGGACUCUGUUGCCUGAUGGGAUUCAUUAGACUGGCAGAAGGAGCAAUGGGCCACUUUUGCUCGAGUUUGGUAUCUCUUAGAUGGGAAAAUGCAGCCCCCUGGCAAAAUUGCUGCUAUGGCAUCGAUUAAACUUCAAGGACUGCAUAAACCUGUGUAUCAUGAGCUGAGUGACUGUGGCGAUCAUGUUGUCAUCAUGAACACAAGGCACAUUGCGUUUUCUGGAAACAAAUGGGAACAAAAAGUGUACUCUUCACAUACUGGUUACCCGGGUGGAUUCAGACAAGUAACAGCUGCUCAGCUUCACCGGAAGGAUCCAGUGGCGAUUGUGAAACUAGCUAUUUAUGGCAUGCUACCAAAAAACCUUCACAGGAGGACUAUGAUGCAGCGGUUACAUCUUUUCCCAGAUGAGGAUAUACCAGAAGAUAUUCUUAAGAAUUUAGUGGAAGAGCUUCCCCAACCAAGAAAAGUACCCAAACGUCUAGAUGAAUACACACAAGAAGAAAAAGAGGCUUUCCCCAGAGUGUGGUCUCCACCUGAAGAUUACCGGCUGUAGAAGAAGGGAAAUUGGAGACGGCCCCAAUGAGGUGAUCGAAACGUCUUCCUGAUCAGUUUCUCCCAGCUUCUCCCAGCCUGCGGGCCGAGGGCAACCCCGCCGCACUGGGCUGGAAGCUCGUUAUGGGCGCUGAGAGUUUGUGGAGAAAGGUCAGGAAGGGAUCUUUCUUCAACAGGAAAUUGCAAUAAAAUACUUUAUUUUAUGGAAUUGCUUUAUCAUAUAAUUGGCUUUGAAUGUUAUCAGUGGUGAUGAGAAUAAAGUCACUUAC